AGGCUCUGCUCCGCGGGCGGAAGAGGCGGCGGCGGCAGGAGCGGCAGCAGCGGCGGCAGGAGCCAAGGAGCAGGCUCCAGACGCUGCUUAGGAACCGGGGACCCGGGAGUGCCCGCACCCUGAGCUCUCAGCUCCGGAGGCGGGUUUUCCUUUUCUCCCUCCAUCCAGACCUGUGCUCACUCUUCUAAACUUCCACAUUUGAGUCAUGGCAGAGUACGGGACUCUCCUUCAGGACCUAACCAACAACAUCACCCUUGAAGAUCUGGAACAGCUCAAGUCAGCCUGCAAGGAGGACAUCCCCAGCGAGAAGAGUGAGGAGAUCACUACAGGCGGUGCCUGGUUUAGCUUCCUGGAGAGCCACAACAAGCUGGACAAAGACAACCUCUCCUACAUCGAGCACAUCUUUGAGAUCUCCCGCCGUCCCGACCUACUCACUAUGGUGGUCGACUACAGAACCCGUGUGUUAAAGAUCUCUGAGGAGGAUGAGCUGGACACCAAGCUAACCCGUAUCCCCAGUGCCAAGAAGUACAAAGACAUUAUCCGGCAGCCCUCUGAGGAAGAAAUCAUCAAAUUGGCUCCCCCACCAAAGAAGGCCUGAGCAAGGGGGAGGAAGAGGAGGAAGGUUGGAUCUUCACCAGACCACUGCCUUCCCCAUCCUCAAUGGGAGGGGCUAGGGCCACCCCCUGCCCUGUACCCACUUACUAACUUGGUCCUAACCCCCUUACUAUGCGCGUGUGUGUGCGUGUGCGCACGCUCUGGCUGUCUGUCUGUCUAGCUCAUCUAGUUCCUCCUCCUCAUGAGAGGAUUGGAGUCAGGGGAGGGGGAACUUAAUUUCCCCACUCUAGGGGGAGGUGGAAGCUAUUUCUAUGUAAAUAGAAAUUGGAACAUUCCUCCUCCUCCCCGUCCCUCCACUCCUCCCCUACAUCUUUAAAGUAUGGAAGCAGAAAGGACCUGCACUUUCCUACCCUGAGGAGCUAAGGUGAAGAUGAGGC